CCACUAAAAAAUUAUACGCUUUAGCUAAGACCCCUCAAGCUCACCGUUGCCUUUUCUUUCCUUUUUGAAAACACAAAGAAAUUCCGAAGCCACAUGGUUGUUUUUUAAUUCAAAAUUGACCUGAAAUUUUUGUCCUGCUCAGUAAUGAUGUUUCUGGGCAGCAUCCCCCUUCCCCUGCUCUAUUUCUUCUUCAUGUGAUGCCAUGUUAGUUAUACUUAUAUGUGGGAAUUUGAAUUUUAAGUUCGAUUAAAAGAAAAGGUUCGGUCGCAAUGGUUUGCUGUCAGAGAGCUUUGUGGUUGGUGAUAAUGCAGUUGUUGGUGCUGCUUAUGAAUCUGGGGAAUGCUCAGAACCAGUGUGUCCCUGCUGAUGAAAGUGUUCCGUUCCGUCUAGUACAGGCCACACUUGAUAGUAAUCCCUGUUCUACUACAACUAACAAUGUGGAGAUGGUUGAGUUCCCGGGAGUACCGGCUCUUCAAGGAGUUAGACUCGCCGUCUUAGAAAAACACUAUAAGUCCCGCAUCUUAAAAUUAUGUGAUGUUGAAGGCUGUCUUCCUAAACUCUUUCUACGACUUCAUCAUUCAUCCAUUUAUCCUUUCCAAUUUGAAACAGUUAGGUCGGCAUCAUCCAACAAAAGUUUCGGUGUUACAUUUUUCAAUUGUUCCUCGAUUGGGUCGGAAUACUUGAAAAACGAUGAUUACGUGUUCCAAGCAAAUUUGCAUGUUUGUCCCAUUUAUGUUGUUGGCUCCACCGAAGGUAUCCUUGAGAGGGACGUGACCUCUUGCACCAAGAUGUUGCAGUUAGAUUCACCAUUAGACCAAGAUGAUUUUCUGUUCAACAAUUUUAACUUUAGAUGGCCCCACCCCAAAUGUGAUGUCGAUAGCAGCAAGACAAUAUUAUUCAAAUUUGUUUUACCAGCUUCAGGUUCAAUUGCGUCAGUUUUGUGCAUUGUGUUCCUUCUACUAAUAUAUCGCUACUUCAAAACGAAAGGAGAUGAUCAUGCAACGCUUGAAAAGUUUUUGAAGGAUUACGAAGCUCUCAAGCCUACAAGAUUUUCCUAUGCUGAUCUCAAAAGAAUUACAAACAAUUUCAAGGAUAAAAUAGGCGAAGGAGCUCAUGGAUCAGUGUUCAAAGGUAAGCUAUCCAAUCAGAUUAUAGUAGCUGUGAAGUUACUCAACAACUCUGAUGACGAUGGGAAGGACUUCAUUAAUGAAGUCGGGACUAUGGGUAAAAUUCAUCACAUCAAUGUCGUUCGUUUGCUUGGCUUUUGUGCUGAUGGUUUUCACCGUGCUCUUAUUUAUGACUUUUUUCCAAAUGGUUCCCUCCAAAAGUUCAUAUCUUCCCCAGACAACAAGGAAAAUUUUCUUGGAUGGUUGAAGUUGCAACAAAUAGCUCUGGGCGUAGCCAAAGGGAUUGAAUAUCUACACCAUGAUUGUGAUUAUCAAAUUCUUCAUUUUGACAUCAAUCCUGGUAAUGUGUUAUUAGAUCAUAACUUUACUCCCAAAAUUUCUGAUUUUGGUCUAGCAAAAUUGUGUUCCAAAAAUCAAAGUGCUGUGUCGAUAACAGCAGCUAGAGGAACUUUAGGCUAUAUUGCACCUGAGGUUUUCUCUAAAAACUUUGGAAAUGUGUCAUAUAAAUCAGAUGUCUACAGUUAUGGGAUGUUAUUGUUAGAAAUAGUUGGAGGAAGGAAAAAUACCCACACAAGUGAAGAAGCUUUCCAAAUUUUAUAUCCAAAAUGGAUCCAUAAUUUGAUUGAAGGGGGAGACAUAAAUAUUCACAUUGAAGAUGAAGAUGACAAUAAAAUUGCUAGGAAACUAGCAAUUGUGGGACUUUGGUGCAUCCAAUGGCAUCCGAUCAGUCGUCUAUCCAUGAAAACAGUGAUACAGAUGUUAGAAGGAGAAGGUGAUGAAUUAAAAGUGCCCCCAAUUCAAUUUGACUCCAGAAAUUCUAUUAAUACAAGGAUCAACAUUCCAGCAAGACAUUUGAAUUUGGGAUUGGAAAUUAUUCAUGAAUUAGAAUAAGAAGCAUCCUCAUGUAAUUUGUAUUUCUAUUGGAAAAUAUUUUGUCAGAGUUUAUGAUAUUGUGUUGUGUUGGUGAUGCAAAUGAACUUUGUUUAUCAUGCAUGCAAGUGCAAAUGCAAAAAUUUUUUUUUUUCAUUUUA